AUGCAAGAUAGAGAAACAACAUUUGAAACAGUUCCUGCAGUAUUCAAAAUCAAAUUUCCACGACUGACAUGCAUUAUAGACUGUUUUGAAUUAUUUAUUGAAUCUCCUAGAAAUUUGUUUGCUCAAACUCAAUGUUUUAGUCAUUAUAAAAAUCAAUGUGCAAUAAAAGUAUUUGUUUCGUGUUCCCCAUUAGGAGCAAUAAAUUUUAUAUUUAGAUGUUGGGGUGGAAAAGUAUCUGACAUUCAAAUAGUACAUGAUUCAGAGUUUGCAACAAAAAAAUAUCAUAUGCCUGGUGAUCAAAUUCUUGCAGAUAGAGGAUUUACAUUAAAGGAUGACUUUGCAACUGGAAGUUGUUCUGAAUUGUUAAUUCCUUCUUUUACUAAAUGGAAAAAACAGCUUUCCGCCAACGAAGUAGAAAUAUCAAGAAAAAUUGCAUCAGUAAGAAUUCAAAUUGGAAGAAUUAUUGGGCAGCUGAAGAAUCGAUAUUUGAUUUUAAAAGACAUUCUUUCUUUAAGAACAGUUAAAAAUAUAGCAGAUGAAUCAUUUGAUUGA